AGGCACUGUGAAGGGCCCUGAGCUUAUGGAAGACAUCCCACUCUUGCUGAGGAGUCUGCAGUUACAUACAGGAGCCAAAAUGAUGGGCAGCUGCCCAAGGACCCACUGAGGGUCAGAUUUUUCAACAAGCCUCUGCAGUGGGCCAGGUGUGCAGACACAGGCUCCCAGGAUUCAUGCACCUGUGGGAGCCAUGUUCCCCAAGGAACAGACAGACACUGAGCAUGGAGAGGCUGAAGCUGAGGAUAUGGACGCAGAGAGAGAAGCCUUGGAGUGUAUGGCCUACCCUGAGGUGCAGAGCUUCUGCCAGAAACACGGCUUGACAUUCGAGGUGGUUGAUCUGAGGUGGGGUAUUCGGAACACACAGGCCACUGACCACUUGACCACAGAACUCUGCUUGGAAGAACUUGAUCGCUGUCAGAAAACAUCCAUAGGCCCAGCUUUCGUGGCCCUCCUGGGAGACCAGUAUGGCCCCUGCCCAGUUCCUGCACGGAUUGAGGAGAAGGAGUGGGAUGUACUGAGGGCUCAGCUGACCUCCAGGCCUGAAGAUCUGGAGCUGGUGGCCAGAUAUUUUCGGAGAGACGAUAACACCAUUCCUCCCACUUACGUCCUGCAGCCUCCGGGCUCCAUGGAGGCCCGAGGGCCAGAGGAAGCCACCUUGACCUCUAUCCUAAGAGCUGGAGCCCAGGAGGCCUGGAGGCAAGGCCUCAUCAGCCAGGAGCAAUGGACAUGCUACCAUCGGUCAGUCAUUGAAUGGGAGAUCGAGCAGGGCCUCCUGAGCUCAGCUCGAGGGGACCAGAGAGCCACCAUCUUCUUGAGAGAUGUACAGGACCUUAGUAAACACAUCUUGGAUGAUUGCUCUCUGAAGAUGGUGGACCGGUUGGCAGAUGGCUGCCUGGAUACCAACGCCCAGAGUCUUCUCAGUGGCCUUAAGGGGCGCAUACUGAAUGCUCAGCCUGGAGCCCUGAAGUCCCACUGCCUGCCCUGGACCCGUGACCUGGUCAACCCCAAGAACAAGGCUCAUGCCCGCUACCUGAAAGAGCUAAGUGAGCAGUUUGUGGCCAGAACCAACCAUCAGGUCCUGGAGCAGCUUCGAGAGCUAGAGUUGGCCAGACAGGAGCUGGGCUGGCUCUACCAGGAGAUCCGCCACCACCUCUGGCAGAGCACAGAGACCACCAGGAUCUUCUGUGGUCACCAGGAGUUCCUGGCCCAGCUGGGGCAGCAGCUCAGGCAGGAUGAGAACCGGCCCCAUACUCCCUUGGUUCUCUAUGGACCACCAGGCAUCGGGAAAACAUCCCUAAUGUGCAAGCUAGCUCAGCAGGUACCAAGGCUGCUUGGCCACAAGACAGUGGUCAUCCUGAGGCUGCUGGGGACAACGAAGAUGAGUCUGGAUGCCCGUAGCCUCCUCCACAGCGUCUCUUUCCAGCUGUGCUUGGCAUAUGGGCUGCCACUACCCCCAGCCCAGGUCCUGGAGGCCCAUACCCGGGUGGGCCACUUCUUCCACACCCUCCUCCACACUGUGUCUCAGAGAAACGUUGAGUCCCUCGUUCUGCUCCUGGACUCUGUGGAUGACCUGGAUUCCACAUGCCAUUCUCGAAGGGUCUCCUGGCUGCCCCUCAAGUGUCCCCCGAGGGUGCACCUCAUCCUCUCUACAUGCUCAGGCCAGCAGGUGUUACACACCCUGCAACAGACCCUCAAGGACCCCUGUGCCUACUGGGAGGUGAAGGCCCUGUCUGGAAGUCAAGGGCAGGAGUUCAUCCAGCUGCUACUGGCUGCAGAAAGGAGGACGCUGAGCCCGGGGCAGAGGGAUGUCCUCUGGGCCAGCCUGCCAGAGUGUGGCCACCCAGGGCGGCUAAGGCUGGCCUUUGAAGAGGCUCGGAAGUGGUCCUCCUUCACUGUUCCCGUGCCCCUGGCCACCACAGCCGAGGAAGCCACACAUCAGCUCUGCAUCCGCCUGGAGGAGACUCACGGGCAGCUGCUGGUGGCUCGUGUGCUGGGCUACAUUGUGUGUUCCAGGUACGGUCUCUCAGAGGCAGAGCUAAAGGAUGUGCUGUCUUUGGAUGACGAAGUCCUGCAGGCUGUGUACCGGGACUGGACCCCUCCUAGUAAGGAGCUGCUGCGUUUCCCACCCCUGCUGUGGGUGCGGCUCCGCCGGGACCUGGGGCACUGCCUGACUAGGAAGCCUGUGGAUGGAUGCAUGCUGCUGGCCAUUGCGCACAGACAGCUGUCCCAGGUGAUCCAAGUUCGAUACCUGUCUGGGCCUGAGAGAGCCAAAAGGCAUGGUGUGCUAGCUGACUUCUUCUCUGGAGCCUGGAGCCAGGGCACCAAAAAACUUGUCACCUUGCCACUCGUGGGGAAGCCCCUGAACCUGGACCGGAAGGUGGCCCCACAGCCACUGUGGUUCUCAGGCACAGUGGCCAACAGGAGGAAGCUGACAGAAUUACCCUUCCAUCUGCUGCACGCAGGCCGCAUGGAGGAGCUGAAGCAGGAAGUUCUGGGGAACAUGAGCUGGAUUUGCUGCCGCGGCAUCUCUGGGGGCAUUGAGGAGCUGCUGGAUGACUUUGACAUGUGUGCCCCUCACAUGGACUCUCCUGAGGUUGGUCUGGUCAGAGAAGCUCUCCAGCUGUGCCGCCCUGCUGUGGAGCUCCGGGGCAUGGAGAGGAGCAUCCUGUACACGGAGCUCCUGGCCAGGCUCCUCUUCUUUGCUACAUCGCAUCCGGCGAUCAUCGGGCAGAUGUGCCAACAGGCCCAGAGCUGGUUCCGCACCUGCCCCCACCCGAUGCUGGUGCCCCUGGCAGGGUUCCUCCAGCCGCCAGGUGGGCCUCUUCGUGCCACUCUCACUGGGUGUCACAAAGGUAUCUCCGCUGUAGCAUGGAGCCUGGAGGAGAAGCUUCUGGUGGCGGGCACCCAGGAUGGCGCCGUGGUCGUGUGGGGUGUGGAAGAGCAGCAGGUGGUCCAUGUUCUCACGGGACACACAGCUGAGGUGAGGUGUGUGCAAGUGUUUGCUGAAGGGACUCUCGCCAUCUCUGCAUCAAAGGAUCACACCCUGCGCCUGUGGAGCCUGCUCUCUGGCCAGGAGAAAGUCACCAUUUUGGACAGAGGCUCAUCAAAUUCCACAGAGCCUCAGAGCUGGGACCUCCAUGUGGAUGAGAUAAACAGACUCAUAUACUCAACAUCUGGCACAAAGAUCAGCGUGUGGAAUCUGGAAACUUCGAAGUUGGCUUUCUGCAUGGCAGGAGAUGCCUCUGACCCCUGGGCCUGUGUGGCUGUGCUGGCUGCCCGGAGCCUGCUGCUUGCUGUGUCCAAGGGUGGCACGGUCAGUGUGUGGAGCUCGGCCACAGGGAAACUGCAGGAGAAACGGCAGAUGUCGUGCAUCACAGGAGAGACACCUACCUGUGCUGUCUCCGUCCAGACGCAGGCAAAGCUGGUCGCUGGCUUCAGCAGCGGUUCUGUGGCUGUGGUCUCUGGCAGAGAAGACAGGCUGCUGGAGAAGCUUCCGGAAGCUGUGGGGCUCCUGGUGGUUUCUGAAGACGAUUCCCUUCUUGCAGCAGGCUUCGGAAGAUCUGUUCGGAUUUUCUUGGCCAACUCACGAGGCUUCCACCGGUUCAUGGCCACGGAUCUGGAGCAUGAAGACGUGGUGGAGACGGCGGUGUGGGGGCCUGAGAACAACCUGAUUGUCACGGGGUCCCGGGAUGCACUCAUCCAGGUGUGGAGUCUAUCGGACCAGGGUACCCUACUCCAUGUCCUGGAGGGCGUGGGUGCCCCUGCGAGCCUGCUGGUCCGGGGUGGGACUCUGGUGGUGUCUGCAUCCUGGAAGUCUUCAUCCUUCAAGAUCUGGGAUCUCACGUCCAUUCAGAAGCUGUGGUCUCCAGCUCCAUUUUUGGACCGUACUGGCCUCGCUGCGGUGUCCCACCAUGGCAGCUACGUCUACUUCCCCAAGGUUGGGGACAAAAACAAAGUCACGAUUUGGGACGUGGCAGAAGGCAAGGAGCAGGAUUCCCUGGACACGUCCAAUGAAGUCCGGUGUCUGGAGGUGGCUGAGCAGGCCAAGCUCCUCUUCACGGGCCUGGUUUCAGGGAUCGUGCUUGUGUUCCCCCUGAAUUCCAGGCAAGACGUGCUGUGCAUCCCCCCGCCUGAGGCCCGCAAGGCCGUCAACUGCAUGUCCCUGAGCAAGCGUGAGGACCGACUGGCCAUCGCCUAUGACAACAUCGUUCUGGUGCUUGACAUCAGCCCCGGGGACCCAUGUCCUACCAUCGAGGGCCCCACCUACACCUUUUACACUCAGUUGCCCGAGACCAUAGUUGGUGUGGCUGUGCUGGCCGACUACCGUGUGCUCUAUGGCAUGACAGCUGGUGGCCUCUUCCUGUACGACUGUGCAAGGUCUAAAGUGUUCCCUCUGGAGGCCCAUGGAAACAGGGUGAGCUGCCUGGACAUCAGCCACAGCGAGCAGCUGGCAGUGAGCGGGUCGGAGGAUGCGCUGCUGUGCCUCUGGGACCUGCAAGCGUGCAGGGGGAUACUCGAGAUGAGCUAUGAGAGCUCCUACUGCCGAGGGGUAUGCUGCGCUUGCUUCUCAAAGGACGACAAGUAUGUGUUCGCAGGCAUGAAGGACCGCUCUAUCAUUGCCUGGAGUGCACUGGACGGCACCCUCCUGGCUGUCCAGUUUGUCCAUGCUGUGGUCAACCGAAUCAUCCCCACCAGCAAUGGUUUCAUGGCUCCCACAAGCCAUGGCUAUCUCAUCCGAGAGCGCUUUCAGUGCCCCUCAGCCGGAGCUUCCCAGAAAGACCCUCUCAAGAAUUUUAAGAAGGCAGUGUGGCUAGUUAAGACCAGGCAGAGAGAAGAACAGGCUUCGGCAGAGGCCCCCCGGGAUACAGGGCCAGCAGCUUCAGAGGGAAAGAAAUCAAAAUCAAAUAAAGGCUCACAGGUCUGCCUUAUACUGUGAAAGCCCACUGAGGCAGAGAAUGCAGGAGCUAGCCUUGACUCAACUGCUUGAAGCAAACUGGCCAUCUCUGCUGGUGCUGUGUGGACCCCAGGCUAACCAUCUCACUAACCGUCUUUCACUUUUCUGUUGAGCUCUCAGACCUGCCCUUAGGUUAGCAGCAGCCCAUAUCUCCCACCCUACUCUAAGAAGUUGCAGCAAAGCCUUGGCUCUGCCUCUGUUGGUCUCAGUGGCACAACUCAUCCUUGAGCCAACCACUGACUCUGGAAUGAUCUGCAAUCACUGGGAGGACCAAGAGCGACCUAGUGGAGGGCCACGCACCUGCUUUGUGGCCGAGAGUGAGGGACUGCUGGGAUGUAAUGGGUGUUGUCCUGUCUUGGAUGGCAGUGAGCAGCCAAUAACAGCCUGUAAUCCACACUGCAAAGCCAGCGCUGUCUUGCCAGUCUUUCCGCUCCCACAUGUAAAGCCAGAGGUCUGGAUUAUCAUGCCACGAACUUUUGCCCUUUCAAAGCUGGUGAUUGACACCACAGGCACAGUUAGCUCCUGUUCUGAGAUUAAAAAUGGUAUGUAAAAAUUUCAUCUGGGUGGGGUGGUGGCACAGCCUUCAAUCUCAACAAUGAGGAAGUAGAGGAAGGUGGGUUUCUGUGAGAUCAAGGCCAGUCUGGUCUACGAGUGAGUUCCAGGACAGCCAGAGUUCUGUAGAGAGACAGGGAUAGGGAUGGCUCAGGGCUUAAAGCACCUGUGGACCCACUGUGAGGAUUGGUGUUUACACAACAGAACCCAGGCAUGUAAUGGGUAUACACUGUCACUACCUGUAAGUCCAGCCCCAGAAGGUGGGGACAGGCUAUUCUAGUUUCACUCGGCUAUAACAAAAACAUGUGGCCAGAAGCAACACAGGGAGGAAAGGGUUCAUUCAGCUUCUUGGGAGGCCACGGGCUGACACUGAGGGAAGUCAGGGCAAGAAUUCAAGCAAGAACUGAAGGCAAGACUGCUGGCUGUUGGGCUCAGCAUGACCAGGGAACUCACUGGGCCAAGGACGAAGAACAGAGUCUCAGUCACCAUUCUAUUGCUGUCAGGAGACACCAUGACUACGGCAACUCAUGUAAAAUAAACAUUCAAUUAGGGCCUGGCCUACAGUUUCAGAGGCCUGGUCCAUUGUCAUUAUGAGGGUAGUGGUGUGCAUGGCAGGCAUGGUGCUGGAGAAGUAGCUGAGAGCUGUGUCACAAUCUGCAGACAGGCAGGCAGAGAGACUGGGCCUCACAUGGACUUCUGAAACUCCAAAGCCCACCCCCAUGAUAUACUUCCUCCUGCAAGGUCACAGCUCCUAACCUUUGUAAUCCUUUCAAACAGUUCUUCUCCCUGGUGGCCAGACAUUCAAACAUAUGGUUAUGGAAGCCAUUCUCAUUCAAACCACCACAAGCCAGAACCAUGGAGGAUACUGUUUCUGCCUUUCUCUUAAUCAUUAGCUGAGCUUUUUUAUUCAGCCCCAGAACCACCUGCCCACAGUGGGCUCCCUCCUAUGUCAAUUGACAGUCAAGACAAUGCCCCUUGGACAGGCCCAUAGACCAAUUUGAUCUUAGCAAUCCUUCAAUUGAGACUUUCUUCUCAGGUGACACUAGGCUGUGUGAUGUUGACAGUUAAAGCUAACUAGGUUGCUGAGGAUCCUAGACACACUGGAGAGCUCUGGGUUUGAUUAAGAGACCCUGUUCAGUGAAUAAGGUGGAAGAGAAGUCAAGGAUGAUUCCUGACUCAACCAAUACAAAUACACACGCACCCACAUGUGUUCCCCCGACCCCCGGACUCAUGUUACCCAGACUGGCCUCAUACUCCAUGAGUAGCCAAAGUUGCUGGUGCAGUCUUGACCCUCCAGCAUCCACUUCCUGUUAGACGGCAGUCAUGACCUCUAGACCCAGCUGCUUGGCUCAGCUCCUUGCCACAGCAGGACAUGCUAACAUCCCCUUGCUUUGCUGCCAGACCCUCUGUCCUGAAGUGGCUCUCUGCUCUAUGCCUAGUGAGCCUGGCUUUUCUGGAGCCUUGCUAUAGUCAGACCUUAGAACUGAGGGCUCUCCUUAACUCCAUGGGACUCUAGACAGACUCAACAAAAGCUGCGCUAGAAAACAACUUAUAUCUCUGUGUUGGACAUGGAACCCAGGACUUGGAGGCCAGUGUUCUGCUGUGAGCAAUCCCUCCAGCCCCUUACUAGGGGAGUCCAGGAAAGGGCUCUGCUGCUGAGGUACAUUCUAGCUUCAAAAUCAGGCCUUUGAAGAUAUCUCCUUACUUAUUUCCCAAAUGAGGGUUCCAAUGAAUGCUUUGGCAGUUCUGAAAAUGUUAGUGUCAAGUUUCAUUAAAAAAAAAAAUAAUAUUGGUUCGAGGCCAGCCUGGUCUAUAGAGCAAGUUCCAGGACAGGCUACACAAAGAAACCCUGUUGGUAUAAUGUGGAAAGGAUACAACUUACCCUUGUUCAUUCAAAUGCUGAUUUCUCUACUUGCUUUCAAUCCGGACAUUGCAUUGGGAUGUUUAUUCUAAGCAUCACCUGUCUCAAGUUUGUGUAAACAUGCCACCAUUUGUUCUCUGUAUUUUCAAUAAACCCAGCCAGUGCUGUGCAAUGGAGAGAAUAGGGUAGGAAUCCUGGUCCAGAGAGGAGGAGAAAGAAGCGAGUAGAAAGAGUGGAAGAGCAGAGAUCUGCUGGAGAGGACUUAGAAUGAGGGAGAUGAACCAGACCUAAGACAUGACUAAAAGCAAGUAUUUUACCCAUUUACCAAAAAUGGGUAAAAUCUGAAUGGUAGAAAACUAUAUGGCUUGGAGGUUUAGGAUGGAGUAACUAUUGCCCAGCAUUGUGCUCUAGGUUAAUUAAGUAAAUCCUAGUCUCCAUGUGAUGAUUUGGGUAUACAGUUGGUUUAGGAAAAUCAAUAUUAAAUAUUGAUAACCAACAACAAAACCCUGACUUGGAAAAAAAAAAGUUGGUCUGGGUCUGGAGUUAUGACUUGGCAGCUAAGAUUCAUACUGCUCUUAUAGGGGACCCAAGUUUGAUUCCUAGUACCCAAUCAGCUGCCUCACAAAGAGCCCAGAGGAUUUCAGUGCCUCUGACCUUUGCAGACACCUGUACUCAGUCUCUUUCUCUCUCUCACACACACACACAAAACUUCAAUUAAUAAAGAUCAUUCUUUUAAAAAGAUAUUGGCCAGUGAGCUGGCUCGGUGAGGGUGAGUAGUGGCACUUGCUGCUCAACCCUGAUGGCCUGAGUUGAAUCCCUGGCACCCAAAGGGUGGAUGGAGAGAACCGACUUCAGAGUUGCUCUCUGACUCCACAUGGUCACCGUGGCAAUCACUAUGGUGAUCACACCUCCCACCAUGCACACAGACACACAAUAGUAAUAAUAAGUUUAAAGAUAAUAUUUUAAGCUGUAAUUUAAAAACAUAUGCUCAGGUACAUUGAACAAUAACUCUUUAGAUUUUUUUUUAAAAAGUAAUAGUUUAUUUUUAUUAACUUGUGCUAAUUGUACAUAUUAAUGGGGGCCCACAAGAUAUUUUCAGCAUGCAUGCAACACACACUCAUCAAACCCAGCGUCUUUAUCCACCCUUCCUCUCUGUCCCAAGCUGAGCCUCACAGUUCGAAUCCUUUUAAGCCCAGGGUAUGAGCGUGGGAAUGAGGUCUGCAUCUGACUUACUUCGUUGAACAUAAUGUCCUUCAGUUCUGUCUAUUUUGUUACAAAUUCCAGUCUUUAAUGUUUUUCUGUAUGGCUGCAUCAUAUUCUACCAUUGAGUGAACCAGAACCGCUUAUUUUGGCAUCCACUUUGGUGUUGGUGAUUGCUGGUUUAGGACCCUCCAUCUCCAUUUAACUGAAGGGGCCCUUGAGCAGGGGAAAAGCCUACUUUUUUUGCUAGGACUUUUCUAUGACUCAUGUUUAACCUAUUCAGAAAGGAUGUGAACAUUAUAACAGGGAAAGUUUAGAUGUGAGGCAGGAGGAUCUCUGUGAGCUUGAGGACAGCUGUAUAGCAAGACCCUGUCUCAAAACCAAACCAAAACAAAAUAAAAUUCCUGUGUUC